CUUCUCCUGGAUGCACUUCUCUUUGCUGCUCACAUUUUCAGGGCCCCAUAAAGUGAAACAUCUGGAACCAAACUAAUGCACAUUCCCAGAGGAGAAGAGCGUUUUAUGUUGCGGUGCAUGUGUGUUAUGUUAUGGAGUGUGCACAUGGUGAGUGGGUGGGCCAGAGCUGUAUAAAGACCCAACCCUCCUCUUGGCCACAGAUACCUUCUACUCUCCCUCUCCUGCAGCUAUUUGUUGACUCGCUCGGAGCGCCUAAGGAGAGCAGUCGCCAGAGUACAGCCGGGAACAAGUGGAGACACGUGGAGACACAGAGGAGGGACUGGAUCUAUCCCAGGUGGACCGAUCACUGAACUUUCAAAAGGCAAAGAGCUCCGUCUCGUCUACCGUUGGAGCUGAGUGGAGUGACUUCAUACCAAACUGAGAGGAGCAUACCAACUGACCUGAGUGCAGCCGGACACGUCGAGGUGGAGGAGAUUGUGGCAGCCCUUCCCUGUGGUCAGCUCUUCUUACUGAAAAGACAAUCCCUGCAGGGCUCAGGAUGCGUGUGAGCUCCUCUCUCCUCGUAGCCUCCCUGCUCCUCCUCCUGAUCCCGUCCUCCGAGAUGAAGCGAGCGGGGAAGGGCCGAGGCCUCAGAGGAGCCAGACACAAACUCACACGGGACAGGGUGCGAGGUGUUGGGCGUCACAGCAGAUCGGGCCCCUCCAGGCUCGUGGCUCCUGACUGCUCAGAGUUGACAGAAUCUGGAGACGUCUUUGUCGACUGUCAGGAGCGACGCCUCGUCUCCGUCCCCAAACCACAGACCUGGUCCAAACAACCAAAGCACCUCCUUCUGGCCCGCAACCGGAUCAAAGUCCUUCGUGAUGAGGCCUUCUUAGGAUUUGAGAGUUUAACCAGUCUGGACUUGCAGCAGAAUCAGAUCUCUUUAGUUGAGGAGGGGGCCUUCCAGGGCUUGACACGCCUUAAAACGCUGCUGCUGCAGCACAACCGUCUGGGAACACUCAGCGAGGAGGCCCUCAUCCCCAUGCCAAACCUCCGCCACCUACGUCUGUACGAUAAUCCCUGGAGUUGUCUCUGCCCGAUGGACAGUCUCGUACACACCCUUCAGGUCCCGAGCAACCGUAAUCUAGGAAACCAUGCCAGGUGUGCAGAGCCCAGCAGGCUGAAAGGCAUGAAGUUGAAGAGGAUCGACCCCGAGUUACUCUGUAAGGACCCGACCGGCGGCCCACAGGGCGACCAAACGGACCCCACAAACCCCCUAGAGCCCAUUCCAAUACGCACCAAACCAGACGCCACCACAACCUGCCAUACCUACCUCUUCCCCCAGAUACGGAUGGACUGCAGCAGCCGAGGUCUCACUGAGGUGCCGACAGGUGUUCCAGAGGAUGUUGUUCAUAUCGAUCUGUCCCAUAAUUCAAUCCGUCAUCUCAAAGCCAGAGACUUCCAGGGAGCGAGGAGCCUCCGAACCCUGAACAUCAGUCACAACAACAUGGAGCGCUUUGACACAGCCUCCCUGUCUGGGCUGCUGCACCUCCGUGAGCUGGACGUGUCCAACAACAGCCUGCAUUCUGUCCAGCAUGGGGUUCUUGAAGACCUUUACUUCCUGUCACAGCUAAAGCUGGGAGGAAACCCCUGGGUCUGUGACUAUAGCAUCCACUACCUGGUGUACUGGCUUCGUCUGCACCCGGGGGUGAGGUACUCUGGCCUGCUGUGUCGCUCCCCUCCUGAACAUACUGGGGAGAGCGUAGCGGAGUACGUGCGUUCCUACAACAGAGCGUGUCCAAAGGACCGACAGUACGGCCGAACGGAUCAGGACCAGACGGACCCUGAACUAUGGAACACGGCGAUGGAAGUGCAGGGAGAGCUGGAGGAGGAGCUGGAGCCGAGUCACCUGAGAGCACCGCAGAAAUACCAGAUCAUCAGGCUGUCCUGACUCAACUGAACACUUCACCUAAACUUUGCCUUUAGACUUUGUUUCCCUUCUUUCUUUUCCUUUCAAUAUCAUAAAACUGUCUGCAUCAGAUGGAGAAACUAUAUUUUUCAGUGUUGCUUUUAUGUUUGUCUUUUUAAUUAAAAUAUAAGAGUUAUCAACUUA